AAGUUCGCGCGGUCGCCAUUUUUUUGGACUUUGAAAGUAUUUUGCGCUCGACGUUCGAGCAUUCAGAACUAAAUUUCUUUUUAAAACAAUGGCCUAUAGCAUCGACCAGGAACCUGAUGUUGCAGAGCCGUCGUCAGGGAGGAUUUUCGCUGGAAAGUUUAAACGGUAAGCGUUCAAAAUUGUCCCGAAAUCGUCUGCAAACUGUCACCGAUUUUGGGAUGAUGUGGCAAUAAUGGAGUCUUCCUGGCUAUAGAUUAGGUUAUUAUAUAUGUAUUAUUUUUUAUAGACAUGCUGAUCUUAACGAAUUGCUUGAUAGCAAUAAAGACAGAGAUAAAUUGGAAGCCAUGAGACGUAUUAUUGAGGUUUGUUUUGGUGUUUCUGAUUUUAUUUUCACAUUCGUAAUUUAAUAUUUUUCAUAUUGCAACCAAAAUAAUAUUCACAUGAUUUCAGACGGAAUGCACGUGACAUUCGAAGUUUUGGUUACAUACUUGCAUUUUCUAUAAAGAAACCAGCAUUCGAAUUACGAAAGAAAUACUGUAGUAAUAUAGUUUUUCUUGUUAAAAUACUGCAUUUCUAUUGAAAAUAAGUAGUUAGUUUUUUUAAAAGAACAAUGUUGCAAAAUGUGUUUACUAUACAAAGUGCUAAAUAUAAUGACAAUAUUUAGCAAAUAUAAUAAGGGAUAAUGAGAUUGAUUGUUGGUAUAAAAUAUUUAAAGUUCAGGUGUUAUUUUUCGGUUUAGAAAUGUUGUAAUUUAGUUCAAAAAGUACAAGUAUUUAUCAUAUUUUUACUCAUAGAGAAGCUUAACAUUUGCCAUGCUUGAAAUCUACCGAAAUUUAUGUGCUAUCAUUUUAGCAUGCUGUCAUUUUAACAUAUAUGACAGGACACAAAUUAUUUUGUUUUCAGAGCGUGUCGAGUGGUAAAGAUGUUUCACAGCUGUUUGCCUCUGUUGUUAAGAACGUUGUUUCUAAGAAUCCUGAAGUAAGUUUGGUUGUGUGACAGCAUGUUUGGUAAUUGGUAAUGAAAAAUGUGCUAUAUGAAUGUUCUUGGUAUUAUUGGCUGGAUUUCCACUUUCCAAACUUUUUGCUCAAUUUCUUUUGAAUUGUGACGGUGAAGUAGAGAUGAUUUAUCCGGAUGGUCACAAUUCAAAAGAAAUCAAGCUAGAUAUUUUGAUGAUGAGAUAUUUCAUGAAUCCUCCCUCCAAACGUUACACACACAGCAAAAUCUUAAUAUUUUUAUUUUAGAUCAAGAAGUUGGUGUAUGUUUACUUAGUUCGAUAUGCUGAAGAACAACAAGACUUGGCGUUGCUUUCUAUAAGUACCUUCCAAAAAGCUCUCAAGGUAAAAACUCGUAUUUAACACAUGAACAUGUUAAGUGCUGGGGCUCUGCCGUUGACAAGUAAAAUUGUCUGGUGUUAGACAAAGUAAAAUAAUUUCAUCAACAUUUGACGUAAAGUUUAGUUGCUGAACACAUUGGGUCAUUCCAGAAAAUAUCCACAUCUCCCAACCCCCUUUUGGCAUCCUAGUACAUUUUAUUUUUAUUGGGAGUCGACAACCACCCCUCCCCCCAAGAUGGUAGAAGUGACCUCCAUAGGGAGAGUGGAAAUAUUUUCUGGAAUAACCCAUUCACAAAUUGAAAAAUUAACAGUGAUAGUGCUAAUACUAAAUUACUACUUGUUUGAGUCUACCUCCUGUUGCCGGAGUUAAAACUUAUUAAUUGUUUUGUCAUAGGAUCCCAACCAGUUAAUCAGAGCAAGUGCUUUGCGUGUGUUGUCAAGUAUCCGUGUCUCAAUUAUUGUGCCUAUUAUGAUGCUGGCCAUCAAAGAGGUAAUGUAUGGUCCCAUUAUUUAUAGGCAGUGAGCUCCAUAUAUAACUGGAGUAAGAAUUUGAGUCCAAAAACUAAACCAAAGAUGGAGUUAUUAGAUGUCAGUUUAGGUCCCUUUAUAUUGUUUAGGUCUAUACAGUCUGUGAGGAGUGUGUGAAAAUGUCUAAAGUCAUGCUACUUUUUAUCAAACUAUAGUUUUAACUACAUUGUAACUUGUUGUUUUUAGGCUGUAACAGAUAUGUCUCCGUUUGUUAGAAAAACUGCCUGUCACGCCAUUCCGAAACUGUAUAGGUAUGUAAGCUGAUGCUAAGUUAAACUUAACUGUCCUUAGCAGCCUCCUUAGCAGUCCAGUAAGUGAGUUUCUUAUUUGAGUAAUCUGUGAGAAGGAGCAAUCUUUAUUUAUACUAGAUAAGAAGCUUUCCUGCCGUUACAGUUGAGAUAACUAAUGAUUCAUGUUUCAUUUAGUCUUGAUCCAGAGCUGAAGGAGCCUUUAGUGGAAGUUAUAGAAAAGCUACUGAAGGAUAAGACAACUGUAAGUCGUGAACAUCUUGCACAAACAUGUUUUUAGAACAAUGAUUUUUGAUACUGGUACCUAAAGGAUAUGAAAAUCAUCUCACUUCAGAAGAAAUGCAUCUCAUUUCUUAACUUGCAAAUGUUCAAUUCUACUUACUUGGAAAAUAGUCCAUUGAACCAUUUAAUGUUUCCUGAUUUGCCCUACUUUAUUAUUAUACCCUGUCUAAUGCCAGAAAAUUUUACUCAUCAAGGAAGAGUGCUGUCACUUAUGGGUUAAAAAAUUCCCACAUAAGAUUGUCAGACCACAGAGCAAUAGUAUUAACUCCCUGUAUGCCAGCACCCUCCCCUUGGCAAGUAAAAUUGCCUGGCAUUAGACAGAGUAAAAGUAGGUAACAUCAGGAUGCAAUGCAACUUAAUAGUAAAAAUAGCUCAGAAAGGUGUAUUAGGGUUGAUUGACAAGAGGCCUGAGCAGUCUUGUACUGGAUAAUUUCCAUUAAAUAUCAUUAUCAAUAAUCCUUUUAGCUUGUUUCUGGGAGUGCUGUAAUGGCAUUUGAAGAGUUGUGCCCAGAACGAAUAGAUCUUAUUCAUAAAAAUUACCGGAAAUUGUGUAAUUUAUUGGUGGACAUUGACGAAUGGGGGCAGUCUGCUGUUAUCCAUAUGUUGACAAGAUAUGCAAGGUCACAGUUUAUGGAUCCUAACAAAAUGGUAAGAUGCUUGACCUACAACUUUCGUUUAUCAUUUGUGUUAUAUGUUAGCAUGCUUUUAUUGUGGAUUUCUUGUGGGGCCAUAUCCUUGUUACAGUUCUAUCUUCAUCACACAUGAAAGAAAAAUCUAUUGUAUUCUCUGUAACUGAGAGUGUUUCUCUGAAUUAUUGAACUGUGAUCAAAUCAGAGUUGUAGACUCGAGUUAUGCAACUUGGACUCAAUGCAAGUCAAAUAUAUAAUUGUCAUAGUAAAAAGAACUGUACAGAAGGCCUAAAAAAAUACCUGUGGUUCCGGUUUCAUAUCUUGAAAAAAUUAGGGUUGGUAGGUCGGAAAUAAUUUUUUUUUAAAAUAUUUUUUUAUGGUUUUGGCAGUUUUGUGCUGGGCGAUUUGCAGUAGAAUCCUGACAUCAAUAUUAACUAGAGAUACGUAUUUCCUAUGGACGAAUUUAGACAAUUUGGUUAAAAAAAUAGUGUGACAACAGACGCCAUUUUGGCACACUGUAUGAGCAGCCUGCAACCACCCGGAGAAAAUAGGGUCGCACGGUCAAUCGCGUUGAAAAAAAUAAUAGGGUCAGCUGAAAAAAUAGGGUCUGUCGGGAACCGGAACCACAGGUAUUUUUUUAGGCUGAAUGACUUGUGAUUUGAUUUGGUCACAGACGAAAUAACUUGUGCUUUGUCUUGCUGCUCAGAGAGUGAAUGACUUGUGGUUUGACUGGACUAAAUGACUUGGACUCUGAACCAAACAUGCCUUUGUUGUACUGGUUGAUUUUCUCAUGAAUUGUUACUGAAUUUGAGAAUGUGUAUUUUAACAUUUCAGGAUCUGGAAAAUGAGAAGUUCUACCCAGAUUCUCAAGACAGUGAGGAUGAUGAUGAUGAGGAUGACGAUGAAGAAGGCGACGAAGAGCAGGCGGACAAAAAGAAACCUUAUGUCAUGGAUCCUGACCAUCGCCUGUUGUUGAGGGUCACUAAACCUUUGUUACAAAGCAGAAAUGCCACGGUGAGUUUUUGUUUCAUUAGACUAUCAUAGUGCAGAGAAUGUGAUUGACCGAUAAUCUCUAUACAGCUAUUUCAAUUAAGGUUGUCUCCCGAGCAAAGCGAAAAAGUCGAAUACGAGCGCGAAAGGCUGCUGGGAAUCGCUAAUUCAUUAAUUUAUUAGCAAAUCCCAGAAGCCCUUCACGCUCGUAUUCGACUUUUCCGCUUUGCUCGGGGGACAACCUUAAUUGAAAUAGCUGUAUACAGUAUAUGCACAGGACAUGAGAAUGAAACCCACCUUAAGAGAAUGUUUUUGUAAUUUGCAUGCACUGUAGGUUGUCAUGGCCGUAGCCAGAUUGUACCAUCAUUGUGCCCCUGCUAGUGAAGUUGGUGUCGUAACUAGAGCUCUGGUCAGACUGCUUAAAGGACACAGGUAAACUAUUUACGAAACACAUGAAUUUGGUUAGCAAUUACAAAAACAAACAGAAAAUAGAGACCAAAUUAGAUAGUACCGUAACACUGCAGACUAGUAGUGUCUCACUGCCAUACGUAGCUCCCAGGAUAGGGGACUAGUGAUAACCCACAUGGGUAAUGGUCCAUGGUCAGUUAGUAUUUUCAAUUGAGAUAGUUCAUGCAGAAAUUAACCCCAACUGAAUGUGUUGUACUUAUUGUUUCUUCCAGGGAAGUUCAAUAUGUUGUUCUCAGUAAUAUUGCAACUCUAUCAGCGACAAGGAAGGUAAUUAAGCAUACAUACAGGCCACAUUUAUAAAUGUAUGUCUUGCUAUUUUUUUUCUAAUGUAAUUAACCCAUUGAGCACCAACACUCUCCCCUUGACAAAUAAAAUCGUCUGGCAUUAGACACAGUAAAAUAAUAAAGUGUGUAUUAGUGCACAAUGCAACUUAAUGGUUAAUUAUUAUUAAAUGUUCUUAGGGAAUGUUUGAACCGCAUCUGAAAAGUUUUUUUGUUCACUCAAAUGAUUCCACGCAUAUCAAAACCCUAAAGGUAGGUCCUUUAGUAUUCUCUUGACUUUAACAAUUAAAAAAAUUCAUCUUAUCAAUCUUCGGAAGUGAAGCGAGUAUGCUGGUUGAAGAGGAAGUAAGACGCACUCACCCCCUGAAUUCUGCCAUUUUGAAUAGUUGCUUUUUUUAAUGCCUCUCAUAGCAACGGUUAUGCCAAAAUCAGGCAAAACCAAGAAAUCUGCCUUCUGUAAUGUCUAUAUUAUGUGGUAUAGUAUAUAAUUUGUUUUUGUAAUUUUAGCUUGAAAUAAUGACGAAUAUUGCUUCUGAGUCAAAUAUAACAUUAUUACUGAGAGAAUUUCAGGUCAGUAUUCAGAAUAAAAGUUGUUUUUAGGAUCUUAAUAUUCAGAACCUUAUUUCUUACAUAUUUUUAUUAGACGUACAUCAGCAACUCAGACAAGCAAUUUGUGGCAUCGACGAUUCAGGCCAUUGGUCGCUGUGCUUCUAACAUUCCUGAAGUUACAGAUACCUGUUUGACUGGAUUAGUGAGAUUAUUAUCCAAUAGGGAUGGUAAGUGAUUGGCCAGAAUAUACCAUUGCUCCUAGACUCUGAUGUACCAGUAUAAAAGAUAACAGAUUGGGGCUUUUAUUGCUACAAUAUUUGUAGUAUUACUUUCCUAUUCUAUACUCUGUGACUUAUAAUAAUACGUUUUGGAAGAAAAUUAUAUUGCUAUAUAGAUACGUUUAAAAUUUUCUCAUCCAUAAAAUGUUGGUCUCAACAUUUUAACCCUAUAAAAGUGUUUGAUAUCCUUAGAAACUGUUGUCGCUGAAAGUGUCGUUAUGAUCAAGAAACUACUACAAUUGAAGGUAUUUCUGAUUUUCUGGGGUUUUUCAGCUUUCUAUUUAUGAAUAUAUUCCUGGGGGUUUUCUUCCUCUUGUGGAUAAAAAAACACUAUUUGGCAAAUUGUUUGGAAAAGGGAAAUUCUUUCGAAAAGAAAGUUUUACAUGUAAUACUUACUUUUUUUUACAAAACAUUUACUUUCUGUAGCAUAAAGACAAAUCUCAAAUCAUAACACAAAUGGCAAAGAUUUUAAGCAAAAUUACAGUAAGUGUUGCUGGUGUUAUUAUUGUUGUUGUUGUUAUUGUUUUUUGCUGUAGUGCUCUUCACAUCUUGUUGAUGAUGUCAUGUUGUUGAUGAUGACAUGUUGUUAUCGUCGUCGUUGUUGUUGUUGUUGUUGUUACUGCUGCAAGUUGCUUCAUUGUAAAUAUUUUGCAACAUUUCAGGUUCCUAUGGCCAGAGCAAGUAUCUUGUGGUUGGUUGGUGAAUACGCUGAACGUGUACCUAAGAUUGCACCUGAUGUCUUGAGGAUGGCUGCAAAAUCCUUUGUCAAAGAGGUCAGUCGAGAGAGCUUAACAAACAAACAAACAAACAAACAAACAAACAAACAAACAAACAAACAAACAAACAAACAAACAAACAAACAAACAAACAAACAAACAAACAAACAAACCAGACAAACAAACCAGACAACAAACAAAAUAUACAUAUAUAGACAAACAUGCAGACAUACAACGAAAACAUUACCUGCUGAUAAAUUUGUUCCUCCAACAAAGAAACUAAAUGAUCGUCUUUCAUUUCUGUUUUAGGAGGAUAUAGUGAAGUUACAAAUUCUUAAUUUAGGCGCCAAACUAAUACUGGUGAACCCAACACAGGUCAGUUGCUUAAAGGAUGUUUAGAACUGGUAUAAUUGUCCAGCAUAAAUAAACUUACAUGUAGUUUAGUUUGGGUUCCCUGCAAGUUAAUAUAGGUUUUCAGAGCUAAGUAUUGUUCAAAUGUACUGAGAUUUAAAUGUGACGAGAUUUUAAAAUGUUCCUGUAUAAAUUCAAAAUGUGCCUGCGAGCUACACGCAUGUUAAUGAUGCCUUCUUCACUUCAGUGUCUGUAUUAGAGAGUUUCAAUAGUAUACUUCUCUUUUAAAAAAUUAUUUUAUUUUUACAGACACAGCAACUCUGUCAGUACGUGUUAAAUCUUGCCAAGUAUGAUCAAAGUUAUGACAUCAGAGAUAGAGCUCGUUUCCUACGACCUAUCGUCUUCCCUGGGGAGAAGGUAAGCAUUAUCAGCCUAGUUUCCAUUCGGUCGACUCGUGGCCAUAUCAAUAGAUCGUUUAGCAAAGAGGACGCGACGUCAAAGACGACGUAAAAAUGGCGUGAUAUGCACAUCUAUGGAAGUACCGAUGCUAUUUUUACGCCAUUUUCACGUCGUCUUUGACGUCGCGUCGUCUUUGCUAAACCUUUCUAUAUAUGAUCGAUGUUAUAUAUUAGGGACAGGGGCAUAGCGACCGGGGGUGUAGGGGAUGUAUCUGUUAUUGACCAAUUGUUAUUAACUCAACAGACUUGUUACAAAUUGUUCCAACAACUUGUUGUCGUCCUGCAAUUCAACAACCUCUAUGAAAAUGUUGUAGCGACUUGAUAAAAUGACAACACUGUUACAAAUUGUCGACAAGCUUGCUAUACAAGCCACCUGUUGCGAACACAUCCUGUUAAUAAGUUCUUUGUAUGUUUGCAUGGCGAUAAAAUAUAUAAUAGUUUUGUUUGUGGAAACACCACGUAAAUGGAAUGUAAAUGUUUGUGGAAACACCACGUAAACAUUGUGCAGUAAUAAAUUUACGUGGUGUUUCCACAAACAAAACUAUUAUACAUCCUGUUAAAUUGACAAUAUUUGCAUGCACCUCGCAGUGGAAAAGAUAGGUUUGGUCAUGACAGCCGCGUGCGAGGGGAAAGGAGGGACUGCCGAUCACACAACACGUAAAGAAACGAAAUAUUUCGUUUUGGACAUAUUUCGAUGUGUUGUCGGCAGUCCCUCCUUUCUCCUGAGGGACUGCUCGCGGUCUACUCUCAAAAUGCUGUCUUUUCCGUUCUUAGACGUUGUUGGCUGUCUGCUUAGAACAGUUAGAAGUUCGAAGGCAACAUGAAAAUUUCGACCCUCGCCGCAUGGUAUGCCUUUAUACUUGUGCACUGAAAUAAACGCCACGCACUUUAAAGAAACAUUGUGUAUUAAAGGCUUAAAUCGAAGGCGAGCCAUUGAGCAAUGCUUAAUCUACUACGAGAACAUAGCCAGAAAUAGCCUAAAAUUUUACACUUUUAUUAACAAGGGGAAAAACUAUGAACUACCGUUGUAAAGAUAGUAGAAAAGCGAAUUGAAACUGUUUUGGAGACGGCAGCGACUGUCUUUUCAUGGUGGCCUCAUGCUACACACAUAAAAACGCACAAGUUGUAACAAGUCUGUUCACAAGCUGUCAACAAGUUGUGUUCGCACUGCUUGUUCCCAGUUUGUUUUAACAAGUUUGAAACAAGCUGUUGACAACUUGUAACAAGCUUGAUGGCAUUAUCAGCCUUGUUACAAGACUGUGCUAACAAGUUUGUCACAGCCAUGAUAUAACAAAGAUGUUACAAGGUUGUCAACUUGUCAACACAAGGUUGUAACAAUAUUGUUAAAUCAAGCAUGUAACGGACUUGUCAGAACAACCUUGCAACAGGUCUGAUAAUUUCGACAAGUUUGUUACAAGUGGUCAACAAGUUGUUCCAAACCCGUUGACAACUUGUGACAAGCAGUGGGAAUACAUCUUGUAGACGGCUUGUUGGCAGAUUUGUUACAAGAUGUGAGAUUUUUACGUGUGUAGAUUAAACAUUGCUUCAGUUCGCUUAUAUAGUCAAUUUAACACAGACGCAAAUAUGGAAAUCGUGAGAAUUUUUUCUGUAUUUUAGACUGGCCAGCUUGUCAAGCACUCGAAGAAGAUUUUAUUGGCAUCAAAACCACCGCCUGUUUUAGAAUCAGUUUUUAAAG